AUGCCUCCCUCCACGCCUGGCCGGCCUGCCGUCGGCUCACUCCAUGGCUCGCCCACUCCUCCCUACACCAGCCAGGUGACGGUGUCGGAGGCGGGUCAGCGGGCUCGUGCCCGCCCUGCUGUACUCCGCGGGCGACGCCGCGCCCCAGAUAGACGCGACCCCAGGUACGUAAAAACAAAACGCCCGGUCAAACGAGACACACAAACUCAUCUUCAAGUAGUCGUAUCCGUCGGACGCGAGAUGCAAACGAGCGCGGCCGUCGUACGCAGCCAGGUCACUACAACCAUAGACGUCUUGUCGUGGGAGCCGGCGUCUACGGCGGAGCUAUAG